CGAAUAAACACGUGAUUCGAUGUCAAUCACCCAAAUUGAUUGUUGAUCAUUAAAUCAAAAACAUUCAUUUCAUUGCCGUUUCAUUGCCGCAGCAAUGAGUAAUAACGAUCCUAUGAACGUUGAUUAUAUUCCAUUGUCAUCCGCAAAUAAUCCAUCAUCAUCGAAUAAACGAUCAUCAAAAGAACGUCAAAAAUCGAUAAGAAAUCAAAAUGCAUUUCAUGAUGAGAAAUUGUAUUCGCGAAUCUAUAAGAUAUUGGAAACGGAAACAAUCACCGACAUUGAAUCAAUUAUAGCCAAUCUUCAACGUACAUAUCCGGAAUAUGGACGUAAAAAACGUCUAGUAUUGAAACGUUCCGUACAGAAAUGUAUCGACACAAUUGUUAAUGAUUUUGAUCUCGAAGAUGUGAGUGAUAAUGAUGAUUUUCUGGAUGAUGAACAGCCACAACCGAUACAAAGUGAUAACACAAAUCAUGUGAACAAUACUCUGAAUCAAUUGUACAAUAAUGGUGGGGCUAAAAAUUGCGAUGAAAAGAAACGUACGAAUGUCAAUGUUCAACCUGCACUUGCACUAACACCAAUUUCAUCAACAAGUUUGUCUAUCAAACGAUCUCGAACGAUGGAAGAAAGAAUCGAACGUGACAUAGAGGCAACAUUAGUCAAACAGGCUGCUUUACGACACAAAUAUCUUGUUGAACCUAAAGUCCGUUUCGAAGAUUUUGGCGGUCUCGAUGAUGUUGUCGAUGACAUUCGAAGACUAGUAUUUCAUAUUCAUAAUCAUGAUUUGUAUCUAAAAUUAGGUGUGGAUGCACCACGUGGAUUUUUGCUGCAUGGACCACCAGGUGUUGGUAAAUCGUUGCUGGUCGAAGCAUUGGCUAAUGAUCUACAGAUUGCCUAUCUCCGUUGUGGUGCUACAGAAAUUGUUGCCGGCAUUUCCGGCGAAUCGGAAGAGAAAAUCCGACAGCUGUUUGCGUUGGCCAAAGAAAUGAAACCUUGUUUGUUGUUUAUCGAUGAAAUCGAUGCCAUCACGCCAAAACGUGAGAACGCUGCACGUGAAAUGGAACGUCGAAUCGUUACACAAAUGAUCACCUGUAUGGAUGAAUUAUCGGCUAGUGAUGGAUCAGGUCAUGGAGUUAUGGUCAUCGGUGCAACGAAUCGUCCAGAUUCAUUGGAUCCAGCACUUCGUCGUGCCGGACGAUUUGAUCGUGAAAUCGCGCUAGGCAUACCUGAUGAAAAAUCCAGGCUUGAAAUCAUACGUGUUUUAUUCCGUAACAUUAAAGUGGAUUCGAAUUUUGAUUUCGAAAGCCUUGCCCAUCGAACACCCGGAUAUGUUGGUGCCGACCUAAAAAGCUUGAUACGUGAAGCUGCCAUUUUGGCAUUAGAACGAUUCAUGAACAAUCCAUCAACAUCAUCAUCGGAGGUGAAGAUCGAAGAAAUUGAUGAAACAAAUUUCCACAUUGAAAUGUGUGAUUUUGAUGGUGCAUUAAAACGUAUACAGCCAUCCUCGAAACGUGAAGGUUUUGCCACUGUUCCUGAUGUUACCUGGGAUGAUGUCGGUGCAUUAUCCACCAUUCGUCAAGAGCUACAAUUGUCCAUUCUGGCUCCUGUUCGUUUUGCACGUGAUGUCGAAAAACUCGGCCUUUCAUUAUCGGUCGGCAUUCUGUUAUGUGGUCCACCAGGUUGUGGCAAAACAUUGCUAGCCAAAGCUAUUGCCAAUGAAUCGGGCAUCAAUUUCAUCUCUGUAAAAGGUCCCGAAUUGUUGAAUAUGUACGUAGGUGAAUCGGAACGUGCCGUGCGUGCUGUUUUUAAUCGUGCUCGCAGUUCAAAACCAUGUGUCAUUUUUUUCGAUGAAAUCGAUGCUCUAUGCCCACGAAGAACGGAUUCAUCUGAUUCAUCGAACGUGACAUCACGUGUUGUCAAUCAAUUGUUGACCGAAAUGGAUGGCCUAGAAUCUCGUGACUGUUUUCUAUUGGCCGCUACUAAUCGUCCGGAUAUUCUUGAUCCAGCCAUUCUACGUCCAGGCCGGUUUGAUAAAAUUCUUCAUGUUGGAUUUCCAAUGGCUAAAGAUCGAUAUGAAAUUUUAUUGACAUUAACAAAGAAAGGAACAAAGCCCCCAAUUUCAUCAGACGUUAAUCUGCAACAAUUGGCCACUGAUCCAAGAUUGGAUGGCUUUACCGGUGCUGAUCUAUCGUCGUUGGUUCGUGAAGCUAGCCUUAAUGCAUUACGACAGAAAAUUGAUGGAAUUUUACCACCAGAUAAAGAUGUCAUAUUGAAUUUCAAACAUUUCGAUGCAGCAUUGAACAAGGUUCGCCCAUCAGUAUCGAUUGUUGAUCGACAACGUUAUAAUCAAAUGCAAUCAUUAUUUUCAACAACAAUAACACCAUUGAAUGCAUAAAUUUCACUUUUUAAUCAAUCAAUUAAAACAUUCUAUUUAAUUAUUA